CAAACCKAUUCAGCUCCUCACCCGCAGCCUCGCCACCGGCGUACAGGGAGUGAGUACCUGCGCCAAGCGUCUAUCACGAUUUAGAUCAGAUAUCUCCAAAUUGGACAUGAGGCAGAUGCUGAAUAUUAGUCGUGGAGCAGACAAUUGACCAAUAUGCUGAAGGUGUAGCACGUUUAAUCUUUUUUUGCUCAMUUACCGGUUAUUUUUCUUUGCUGUUUCACCCAUUCGACUCAUCGCUGACAGUCAGACGAUACGAUUGGAGCAUCGGGGUAGGCUACGUUUAAAACACCUGCACAAAAGCGCAACGUACGGCUCUGACGUUCCUGCGGAAUUUGUAAAAACUUCUUUCAGGUCCAGGAUGGCGGUGGCUGUGCAUGUAGCUGGUCGACAGGCUGUCCCGUCUCUGCUGCUGCUUCUGUGUGCUGGCCUGGGCGUGAGCGAGGCAGCCUCCAUAGUGAACAUGCGUAGAGUCACCCACCCUACCGUACAAGAGCCACUGGCCGGGUUCGCUCACCUCCCCUGCGUCUUCACCCACGAGCCCAGCCCCUCCAGCCAGCCUCCCCAUAUCCAGUGGACCCGAACCUGGGUGCCGCGUGGAGGAAAGGGGGGUCCCCUGGAGCAGAUGGUUCUCUCAGCCAAAGGUGACGUGGUGAAGGUGAAUAAGGCUUUCGCUGGGCGGGUCAGGUUGCUUGGAUACGCUGCCAACAACCUAAAUGCUACCAUGGAGAUCUCAGGCCUCCGUAGCGACGACACAGGCACCUACCACUGCCAGGUUGUCGUGGGCGACAACUACGAGCGAGACGUAUUGCCCCUUGUGGUCACGGGUGUGGUGUUCCAUUACCGGUCUCCUAGUGACCGUUAYGCCCUCUCAUUCGAUGACGCCCAGCGGGCCUGUCAGGAGAACUCCGCCCUCAUCGCCACGCCGACCCAGCUGUGGGCAGUGUUCUACAAUGGCUAUGCCAACUGUGCUGCCGGAUGGCUCKCCGACCAGACUGUCCGCUACCCUAUCCAGUCACCAGAGCGUGGUUGCUAUGGACAACAGGAGUACUCGGCUGGUGUGAGGAAUUAUGGGAAGAGAGACCCUAAUGAGCUGUUUGAUGUCUACUGUUUUGCCGGGGAACUGGACGGUGAGGUAUUCCACUCAGGGGUCCCAGGGCGUCUGACUUUGUCCUCUGCCUCAGAACACUGCAUCUCCCUGGGGGGACAGUUGGCCACGGUGGGGCAGCUCUACCUGGCCUGGAAGGCUGGGCUGGACAGCUGUGCUCCAGGCUGGCUCUCUGACGGCAGUGUCCGCUACCCUAUCACCCAGCCCAGGCAGGGCUGUGGAGGGGACCAGCCAGGGGUCUGGACCGUCGUUCCCAACACCAAUGAAACCACAACCAGCAGCGGAUCUGCCRAUGCUACGGACGCCACACCGCUCUAUGAUGCCUAUUGCUACAGAGGGAACGUAAAGAAGCCAUGCCCCAUCCCUAAGAUCUACGCGUCUCUGUGGAAGCCCUGGAACUACCUGACCGGCUCCAGCGACACAGACACUCCAGGAACAGACAGCCUCUCCCUGGCUACUGAGACCACCAGCAGUCCCCCGGCCACAGGGAGCCGUAACCUUUCACCUUCUGAUGACCUCACACCUUCGAACUGGUCAGGAUUGGUUGAUCUGGAGGAAGAGGCCCGCUCUCCUUCAGACCCCUGGUCCUCAGAGUCCUCUGAGGGGUAUGUCACCCUGCAGCUGAGCCCAGGAGAGAGUUCUCUAGCCUGGGGAGACCUGGGAGACAUGGACCCUAACUCUGGAGUUUUCCUCAGACCUCCAGCCACCCCCAGCCUCUGUCCAAGUUCUACCACACAGAAAGAAGAGUUAUCACCCUCUAACCCGUGUCUAAAGGUGAUGGCCAAGAUAGUGAAGUCCAUGUGGAAGCCGUGGAACUACCUGGCAGGGGUGACAGAAGGUACCACAGGAACAGGCAGUCCAGAGGUGGAGAGAAAGGGACCUACGGAGGGGACUCUGACUGAGAGCGGGACUGUGCCCACCGGUUCUCCUGGCUCUCCUGCUCCAGGUUUACUCUCAUGGGGUCAUGGGUGGUGGGAUAGCUUAGGGCUGGGGGAACUAGAUGAUAUACCACCCACUGGUGAGCCCUCGUCCUCCCCAGCCCUGCUCACCUCUACCCCAGCCUCAGAGAGCCAGUCCUCUGACUCCUCCUCCAAAGGGGGGACGUUGGUACGUGUGGCCCCAUCAAAAGUUGAGAUCUCGGCCCAGCCGGAUUAUAGGAGAAAGGGAGAUGCUAUCACUAUUCCCACUAGAGCAGAUGGCCUGGCCAGUGUUGGGAGAGAGAGAGUGAUGGUGAAAGAGGAGGGGAGUGCUGAGGAGGCCUCCGAAGAGGCGAGAGUGGGGAUCCAGUUCACCCGUCUCCCCGUUGGAACCAGGAAACCCAUAAUCAGAGUCCCUCCAUCCAACGAGAGAGCCACAAGGAAGGAGCAGUCAGGAGCCAGUUACAGCACAACUCAACCCACAGUCAGCAGCUCGACAGCUGGGUCAGACAGAAGAGACUCUUCCCCUGCAUCCAGACCAGGUACUGGAGCUCUAGCCCCUCCACCCGCAGCCUCAGUCAUCCAGGGAAGCUCCAGGGAGGCCUCAUCGUCCUUCUCCUCGGUCUCAGUGGAGAGAUCUGGAGAGCAGGGAGUUGAGGGUCCAGAAAAUGGGCCCUUGGCACUGCCCUCCGGACCCCCAGUGGAAGAAGAUACAGCCUGGUCUCACGCACUGGGCUCUGGGUUGCCUAGCAACCUGGACGAGGAGGGUGGAAGGAGUGCGGGAUUCAACCGGAGCAACAGAACUCUGGGCUCAGCUGGUGUGGGGGAGCCCUGUGUGACCAAACCAUGUCUGCAUGGAGGGCAGUGUCUACUUCAGGGCAAGAGCUACAGCUGCUACUGCCCACAAGGCUUCACAGGGGAGAACUGUGAGAUCGACGUGGAUGACUGCCAGUCCAAUCCAUGUCUAAACGGAGGCACCUGCAUCGACAAGAUCGACUCGUUUGUCUGCCUCUGUCUGCCCAGCUACGCAGGAGACACCUGUGAGAAGGACGUUGAGAGUUGUGAACAUGGAUGGAGGAAGUUCCAUGGCCACUGCUACAGGUACUUCUCUCACAGACACACCUGGGAGGAUGCAGAGAAGGACUGCAGAGUGCACAGCGCCCACCUUAGUAGUAUCACCUCAGCCACAGAGCAGGAGUUCAUCAAUGGUCUGGGCCAUGAUAACGCCUGGAUUGGCCUGAAUGAUCGCACCGUGGAGGAGGACUUCCAGUGGACUGAUGUCAAUGACCUGGUAUAUGAGAACUGGCGAGAAAGCCAGCCUGAUAACUUCUUCGCGGGCGGAGAGGAUUGUGUGGUGACCAUCGCCCAUGAGGACGGCAAGUGGAAUGAUGUGCCCUGCAACUAUAACCUGCCCUACGUCUGCAAGAAAGGCACAGUGCUGUGUGGAACACCACCCGCCGUGGAGAACGCCCAUCUGAUUGGCCGUCGGCGGUCCCACUAUGACAUACAUGCUGUUGUGCGUUACCAGUGUACUGAAGGUUUCUACCAGCGCCACAUCCCCACUGCGCGUUGCCGGGCCAACGGCAUCUGGGACCGGCCCAAGAUCAUCUGCACAAAGUCUCAGCGAUCCCACCGGUACCGCCGCAACCACCACCACGGCCAGCGCCGGGAGCGCAGGAACCACAGGAGACAUGGAGGAGAGGCACACAGGGAGAGGGAAGAGGAUGCACACAGCCACUACUGAACCAAAUACUACACCUCCCAUAAUGCCCUGUGCCGGACCCCUGACAUAUCCUGUGACUGAGUGGAUCAACCAUUCAGGACUCACAAUCAACAAUAGUUGACGUUUAUUUCUCUUUGGGUUAAAAUCUCACUUGAGAUACUGUAUGUGUGCAAAACUUUUAUGAAAAGGACCUAUUGACAUCAGUGCAAAAAAAGUGAAUUGUUCAACGCGUACAUAUCUAAAGUUAGGAUUUGUUCCUUUGUUGCUGAUUUUUGUUUACCCCAGGUCCAUUACAACAGUAAUACCUGUUCUCUCGCUAACACGGUCRCUAAUAUCUUAGAAACAGCAAAUCCUUGGCAUGUUAUGGAUAACCUAUUUUCGCUGUCUAAACAUAAAUACAGUGACGUGUGUGUGUGUGUCAGGGUGUCUAUGCUAUGCGAGUGUGUUCGGCAAAGUUCGAAGCUUGUUCUACAUCUCAGAACUCAUUUUAGUAUUCCGUUUAUAAAGCACAAAUGUAAUUAAUGCAAGUGAGCUAGUUAGCGUUCAGUCUCAAAUAACCCAGAGCUUUUGUAUGUAUACUGUACUUGUUAUGUUUCUUUAGGACUCCUGAAUAGCAGGUUUUAUUAUUCAACUUACAUGCCAUUUUUAAUAUUUGCUAUCUCCUCAUGUAAUGUUACUAUUUAUUAUGGACUCUUCGCAAGUUAAUAUACAGUAUGUAGAUUUGUUUUUACAUAAUCCAACGAGGCAAUGUAAUACCUUUUCGUUUUAUAUACCAUUCUUACAAUCAAAAGUAACGAAGGUAACCCUUUGAUUGCCUCUCUCUGUACUGUAAAUACUGUGGUGUUUUGUUUGUUUGUUAUUGACUGGUAUCUGAUUGAUACCUGAGCUUUGUCAUGACCCAGUCAUGUACCAGUCAUGACCCAGUCAUGUACCAGUCAUGUACUUCGUAUCGCCCUCUCAAAUAACAACUAAAACGGACCCAUUGAUCUAGAUGGAAUAGGAUAGAUCGAAAUACUGCGGACUGCGACAAAACUUUACCAAGGUAUCUGCUCGGUGGUCAAAAGUCCCAAUCUUUGCCCGGCUCCAAUAUGUGACGGGUAGGAUGCCAUGAUUCAUGAUGCAUAUGGUUCUUCUGAUAUUUGAUUGGGCGUAAUCCCUUUUUUUGGUGUUAUGACUUCCUGUCCUGCUGUUGUGUUCCAUUCUUAAUAAAGCUGCAAAAACUUAAUGAACGACGACAA